UAAAUAAAUUUAAACAAAUUAUUAGAUAUAACCCAAAUACUUUUAUACUUAAGAUCCAAAAUCGAACUUUGGAUUGGAUUUUGAUUGCGAAAUUACGCUGUAAAACCACGUAGCGCAAAAAUGCCCAUCGAUACGCGGGAGCUGAUGGAGGCCAUUGCCAUUGUGGCCGACGAGCAGAAUGUUCGCGUCGCCGUAAAGCAGUCCGGCAAGGGAGCAGCCAUUUGUGCAGCCUGCUCCUUCGCUGGCGGCAUGCUUAUGGGCCCCGUGGGUCUGGCAGUGGGCGGUGCAGCCGGUGGCAUCGCAGCAUACAAAAUGACAAGCGGCUCAUUUAGGCCCCUGGGCGAAGUAAUACUCAACGACCUGACGGACAGGCAGCGCGAGCAACUGGUGCAGCAUGUGACCAAGGCCGUGGCCGAGAUCCAUCCCACCGACAUAGUGAUGCUGCUGCCGCUAAUAGUCCAGAAUGCAUCAAUCCAACAGGCUGUUCUCAACACCGUCAUGUCAUUUGUAACCAACGAACUGCGAAUGCAAAUUAUCGAUUGACGAUCUGUCGCUGUAGCUCAUGCCAUUUGCUUAAUUCAAGGGACGAAAUUAGUCAGUAAUGUUGUGAUUUGUAGGUUUAUUAAUAAAUACUUUAUAUUUACAAUCCCA